UUCUUCCGAAAGCAGCAGAUCACAUUCUCCUUUCCAAGAAGACAUCUUCCAUCUCGAGGUAACAUCGCAGACACAGCGUUUUCGAACAGCAAACCAAAAUCAUCAAAAUGGUGUCUAUCCGCCUCGUUUUUACAAUCAUUGCCGUUCUUUUCGUCCUCGCUGUCACCGUGAACGCUGCCUACAGAAAACCCCCGUUCAACGGUAGCAUAUUUGGCAAAAGAUCCAACACUAUCACUGAUUACGAAAUCACCAGCCGAGCCAUGUCUUCGAUCUGCGAAACGGUCAGCGAAACAUGCAACGCCUGGCUGGGACGACAGGACUCCAACUAACGAUAUUGAACACGCCAGGAUUCAAUUGGACACGCCGGAUGCUAAUAUACUUAUUGUUCGAUCACUUCAUCAACGUGUAACAGCUAGCCUAUGAUAAUUGUAUUAAUAGUUAAUUCUACAAUCACUUUCUGAUGCUUUGAGAUUCGUCGCAUCGUCCAAAUCACUCGUCCUCUUGUAACUAUGUCGCUUAGAUCUCAAUUAAUCUCACUGUGUACAUGUUUCUCAUAUAAUAAAGUCUGAUGGUUCCUAAUA